AUGGAGAUGCUCCAGGGUUCGUGUGAGGGAUGGGAGGGUAAGGGCCCAGGGUAUUGGUGUCUGGCAGGCCCUGAGACGCUGGCCUUGUCCCAGGGGCUGCUGCUGCUGUGGCUGCUGCUGAAUGUGGGUGGGGUGUGGACAUCCAGGGAGCCGCUGCGGCCGCUGUGCCGGCCCAUCAACGCCACCCUGGCUGCUGAGAACGAGGCCUGCCCUGUCUGUGUCACCUUCACCACCACCAUCUGUGCCGGCUACUGCCCCAGCAUGAUGCGAGUGCUGCCCGCGGCCCUGCCCCCUGUGCCCCAGCCCGUGUGCACCUACCGUGAACUGCGCUUUGCCUCCGUCCGGCUCCCCGGAUGCCCGCCUGGUGUGGACCCCGUGGUCUCCUUCCCCGUGGCCCUCAGCUGUCGCUGCGGGCCCUGCCGCCUCAGCAGCUCCGACUGUGGGGGUCCCAGGGCGCAACCCUUGGCCUGUGACCGCCCCCCACUCCCGGGCCUCCUGUUCCUCUAAUGACCCCUCACCCCAAUGCCUGGAGCCAGCAGCCGCUCUUUUUUCUACCCCUCCCAAUAAAAGCUUCUCACACUGCA